AUGAAGACCGGUCGAUUGCUACUCUCAGUUACUGUGGGCGUGAUAGCACGAGUUGAUGUAGUAGCGACGGUGGUGAGGGGGAGGGCGGUGGAUCCCGCUAUCCCACCAAGCAACCUCCCCCACGAACCCAUCCACCACCUGUCUCCCCGACAAGACCAAGAACCAGAACCCCCGCGAAGAACGACAAUAAUAACAGCCCGCACCACCAUCACCACCCGCCUGUCCUCCCGAACCCCAUCCCCUUCCUCCACAACCGAAGAUGACGAUACGACAAAAACCGAUGACACUCAAACAACCACCAGCGCGGUAGAAACCUCAACAACACUCAGCGCAACAGAAACCACCUCCCCCGCCGCCAGCGCCUCCCCCUCCGCAACCGAAUCACCCCUUCCCCCUUCAGAAGAGGGAAGCGGUCUAUCCCCCGGCACAGCAGCCGGGAUAGCAGCCGGGGCAGUCGCAGCCGUCGCUCUCAUCGCCCUCAUCAUCUUCCUCCUCUGGCGCAAGAAAAAAGGCGGGAUCCGCGGUGCAGUCGUCACGGCUGAUUACCCUGACACGAUGAACAUGGUUGACAAUACCAAGCCGCAGCAAUACCCUGAACCGACCCUUCCAGGUGAUCUCAGCAGUAGGAACGGUUCUGCCACAAACGAUGACCCCUUCUUUCACAAAGACGAGUACGCAUUCGCUGCCGCGGGCGCGAGGAGGCAGUCGAGUUUCUCUCCGUCGCAGGUUGGUGUAGCGGUGGGUGGGAGUCCGGGGGGGCAGGGGCAGGGGCAGUAUUGGGGGUACCAACGGGAAGGGCAGCAGCAGUAUGGGGCUUACCUACCCCCCCUACCAACACAAGAACAACAGAAGUUUGCGAUGGUAGGAUCGCCGGGUCAAGAGCAGCAGCAGCAGCAGCAGCAGCACAUUGCCUUUGCCCAGACUUCACCCGGCCAACCCCAGCAGCAGUUUGCUUAUGCCCCGAAUCAGGGAUACUACCAACAGCAGCAGCAGCAGUACAUCCCCUCCUCUCAAGGCGGUGACCUCGGCGCACACGGCGUGCCCUACCGCCCAGUAAGCGCCUUCACAGCUUAUCCUUCCCCAGGGCACCCGAUCCUCCCGGUGUCGCCCCUGACGCCCCACCGGCAGUCGCUCGGUAUGGCCUCACAGGCAUCACCGUAUUAUCCGCCGCACCCAUCACAGCCAUCCCGACCACCACAGGGCCCAGAAAAUGUUGCGAGCCCGAAUCUACCCAACUUCAUGAUACCCGGGGGCAUCAAGUCGAGAGCGAUGAGUUUCAGCGCCUCACAGCCGCAGUAUGAAGGGGAAGCAAGGCAAGAAUGGGCAGCACCACCACCACCAGUACCAGCAAUGCCCACAGCCGUGGCUCUGACCUCACCCCCUCUCUCUCCCCUAAGGAGAAACCCUGUAUAG